AUGUGUGGUAUUUUAGCAUGCAUUAACCAUCCCAAAGCGGCCGCUUAUAGGCCAAGAAUGUUAAACAUGUCUCGUUGCAUUCGUCAUCGUGGUCCAGAUUGGUCAGGUUGUGUUGUGGCAACUGAAGAAAACGAUGCAGAUCGUGGAAGUAUCUUAUGUCACGAACGUUUGGCAAUCGUUGGUGUUGAUACAGGUGCUCAACCUUUGGUAUCUACAGAUGGAAAAUUAAUCUUGGCGGUCAAUGGAGAAAUCUACAACCACCGCCAAUUACGCAAAGGAUUGAAGAACCAAAAAGCUCAAUUCAAAACCCACUCCGAUUGCGAGGUUAUUCUUCAUUUGUACAAAGAACAUGGAUCCGAUUUCGUCAAGAUGCUAGAUGGUAUGUUCUCUUUUGUCUUGUUGGACACUUCAGUCUCUCCUCAUCGCUGCAUCGCCGCUCGUGACCCAAUCGGUAUCACAACCUUCUACCAAGGAUGGAGCUACAAAUACCCUGGAGCUACCUUUUUCAGUUCAGAACUCAAAGCCCUUCACGAAGAAUGCGAUCGUAUUCGCGGAUUCCCACCAGGUCAUCUAUACGACAGCUCUUUGCCUGAAGGUCAAGAAACUGUUAGAUACUACCAACCAACAUGGUGGCACGGAGAUGAGGAAGGCGCUAAAUUGCCAACAACAGAAGCUGAUUUGACAGCGAUUCGGGAAAGCUUGGAAGCUGCCGUUCGUAAAAGAUUGAUGUCUGAAGUGCCAUAUGGUGUUUUAUUAUCUGGUGGAUUAGACUCAAGUUUGAUUGCAACCAUUGCUGCAAGAGAGACCAACAAAGUGGCAGAAGCACAACGUCAAAGGUACGAAGAGAGAAGAGCGAGAAAGGAAGCAGUAGUUGCCAACGGGCCCACUGAUGGAUUGCCUGUCGGAUUGGAUGAUGAUGAAGAUCAAGAAACACUUGCUGCUUGGCCAAGAUUACACAGUUUCUCCAUUGGUUUGGAAGGAUCGCCCGAUUUGAUGGCAGCUCGUGAAGCAGCUCGCUAUUUGGGUACCGUUCACCACGAAUACACUUUCACAGUUCAAGAAGGUUUGGAUGCCAUUUCUGACGUUAUUUACCAUUUGGAGACAUUCGAUGUCACCACAGUUCGUGCUUCAACGCCAAUGUACUUGUUGAGCAGAAAGAUCAAAGCAAUGGGUGUCAAGAUGGUUUUGAGUGGUGAGGGAUCAGAUGAAAUUUUUGGUGGUUAUCUAUACUUCCAUGCUGCUCCUGAUGCAAAGAGCUUCCAUCAAGAAUGCGUCAAACGUGUUAAGGCUCUGCACACCGCCGAUUGUCUUCGUGCAAACAAGAGUACUAUGGCAUGGGGGUUGGAAGCACGUGUGCCAUUCUUGGAUAAGUCAUUCUUGGAAACAUCAAUGAACGUGGACGCAAAGGACAAGAUGUUCAGCAAGGGAUCAUUACAAGAAAAAGAUGCAGAUGGAAGACCACGAAUGGAAAAGUACAUUUUACGUAAAGCAUUUGAUCUCACGCCACCCGGAGAUGCAAAGCCAUAUCUUCCCGAAAGCAUUCUAUGGCGUCAAAAGGAACAAUUCAGCGAUGGUGUUGGAUAUAGCUGGAUUGACGGCAUGAAAGAAUAUGCCAACAAACACAUUAGUGAUCGCAAAUUCGCACAAAGAAAAGAACGUUAUCCAGAAUCAACGCCUGAUACAAAAGAAGCUUAUUGGAUCAGAGAAGUAUUUGAAUCUUGGUUCCCUACCAAAGCGUCUGCAAGUACUGCCGUCCGUUGGAUCCCACGUGGAGACUGGGGUUGUGCUAGUGAUCCAAGUGGACGUGCUGUUAACAUCCAUGAAUUUGCUUAUGAGUAAGUUAGCUUUACCGCGAAAAAUAUCUUUACAUCGUCAUCAUUGUAUUCUGUAAGCAUUCAUAGAAUAAUUGUUAUUACCGUUGACUGCAG